ACGGUCACUCCGUCGGAGGAAAUGCUGUUUUGUUAUUUUUUGAGUAGUAUUGUCGUCAAUUAUUUGUUUUAUAUUCAAGCCUUUAGUGUGUCGCUUAGAAUGUGCUAGAACAAUGUGAACAAGGCGAAAAGUGUUCCCCUUGCAGCCGGAGCAAUUAUAUAAUAAGGAUAAAGUGCAAUAUUUUUACAUACAACAAACUAAGAAUAAGGACGACGAUUUGUUAAAAAUAAACGGCGAGCGUAAUACGAAUAUGGAUUUUGAAACGGUAGAGCAGCAUUACCAAUACAAGGACAUUUUGUCCGUGUUUGAGGAUGCAUUCGUCGACAACUUCGACUGCAAGGAUGUCCAGGGUAUGCUGCAACCAGUAUUGUCCAAGGAGGAAAUUGACCACAUCAUCAUGUCUAAGGAUGCAGUCAGCGGCACACUUCGCUUGUUUUGGACACUGCUCUCUAAACCGGAGGAAAUGGUCCAGGUCUUUGUGGAGGACGUUCUCAGGGUCAACUACGAAUUCUUGAUGGCGCCAAUCAAGUAUGAGCAACGGCAGCCCAGCAGGAUGACCAGUAUGUACAUCGAGCAGGGAGAUCGUCUGUACAACGACAACCAAGUAUUUGCCAAGUACAAUGUGAACCGCCUGCAACCGUAUUUGAAACUAAGGCAGGCUCUUCUAGAACUUCGCCCAGCGAAAAAUGUAUUGAUUGAUGGCGUCUUGGGAUCGGGAAAGACGUGGGUAGCCUUGGAUGUGUGCCUAUCGUACAAAGUGCAAUGCAAGAUGGACUUUAAGAUCUUCUGGCUAAACUUAAAGAACUGCAAUAGCCCGGAGACCGUGCUAGAGAUGCUGCAGAAACUACUUUACCAGAUCGAUUCCAACUGGACAAGUCGUUGCGAUCAUACCAGUAACAUAAAGCUUCGAAUCCACAGCAUUCAGGCGGAGCUGCGACGACUGCUCAAGAGCAAGCCAUAUGAGAAUUGUCUCCUUGUUCUGCUUAAUGUGCAAAAUGCCAAGGCUUGGAAUGCCUUCAACUUGGGCUGCAAGAUAUUGCUGACCACAAGGUUCAAGCAGGUCACUGACUUUCUUUCGGAAGCUACCACAACUCAUAUUUCAUUGGAUCAUCAUUCGAUGACGCUUACGCCGGAUGAGGUUAAGUCUUUGUUUCUAAAAUACCUACACUGUCGACCACAGGAUUUGCCCCGGGAAGUUUUGACAACGAAUCCACGCAGACUAAGCAUUAUUGCUGAGAGCAUUCGGGAUGGUCUGGCGACCUGGGACAACUGGAAACAUGUAAACUGUGAUAAGCUGACGACCAUCAUUGAGAGCUCUCUAAACGUUCUGGAACCCGCUGAAUAUAGACAAAUGUUUGAUAGACUGUCAGUUUUCCCUCCAUCAGCCCACAUACCCAUUAUUCUCCUAUCGUUGAUAUGGUUUGAUGUCAAAUCGGAUGUAAUGGUGGUGGUUAACAAACUUCAUAAAUAUUCAUUGGUGGAGAAGCAACCAAAAGAGUCAACCAUAAGUAUACCCAGCAUAUACUUGGAGUUGAAAGUCGAGGUUGAAAACGAACCUACACUUCAUCGGAGUAUCGUAGAUCACUAUAAUAUCCCAAAUGCAUUCGAUAACGACGACUUGAUACUGCCUUUCCUGGACCAAUACUUCUAUAGCCACAUCGGUCAUCAUCUAAAAAACAUUGAGCACACCGAGCGGGUGACUCUCUUUCGCAUGGUCUUUUUAGAUUUUCGUUUUCUAGAACAAAAAAUUCGUCACGAUUCAACUGCUUGGAAUGCCAGCGGAUCGAUCUUGAACACGCUGCAGCAGCUGAAGUUCUACAAGCCAUAUAUCUGCGACAAUGACCCAAAGUAUGAGCGCUUAGUCAACGCUAUUCUGGAUUUUUUGCCAAAAAUUGAGGAAAAUCUUAUUUGUUCAAAGUUUACGGACCUGCUUAGGAUUGCCCUGAUGGCCGAGGAUGAGGCGAUUUUUGAAGAAGCCCACAAACAAGUGCAGCGCUUUGACGGUCGAGUUUGGUUUACUAACCACGGUCGUUUUCACCAGCACCGUCAGAUUAUAAACCUGGGCAAUAAUGAGGGGCGCCAUGCUGUCUACCUUCACAACGACUUUUGCUUGAUGGCGCUGGCCAGCGGGCAGAUUCUGCUAACCGAUGUUUCGCUAGAGGGAGAGGACACCUAUUUGCUAAGGGACGAGAUCGACAGCAGUGACAUUCUGCGUAUGGCGGUGUUUAACCAACAGAAGCACUUGAUCACCUUGCAUAGCAACGGCAGCGUAAAACUUUGGGCCCUGUGGCCCGAUUGCCCAGGAAGGCUCCGCAGUGGUGGUAGCAAGCAGCAGCUAGUCAAUAGCGUGGUUAAACGCUGCCUUAUAGGUAGCUAUGCAAAUCUGAAAAUUGUAGCUUUCCAUUUAAAUGAAGACGCCGGAUUGCCAGAGGCCAACAUCCAACUGCAUGUAGCAUUCAGCAAUGGUGAUGUGAACAUUUUGAAUUGGGACGGACAAGAUCAGAUGUUCAAACUCUCGCACGUGCCUGUUUUGAAAACGAUGCAGUCGGGAAUUCGGUGUUUCGUUCAGGUUUUGAAGCGAUAUUACGUGGUCUGCACCUCCAAUUGUACACUAACUGUAUGGGAUUUGACCAACGGUUCCGGCGAUGCGCCGGAACUACCUGGUUUUAAUGUUGAUAACGACACGCCGUUGGCCUUAGAUGUAUUUGACGAAAAGGUUAAGACCGCCACCGUGUUGCUGAUUUUUAAGUACAGCGUAUGGCGGCUCAAUUUUUUGCCAGGUCCUUGGGUUGAUUUGCAAUCGGAGGCAGUGCAACUGCCAGAAGGAAGUUUCAUCACCUGCGGAAAGCGUUCGACAGACGGACGCUACCUACUGCUGGGCACAUCCGAGGGACUUAUUGUGUAUGAUCUAAAAAUCUCUGAUCCAGUGCUGCGUAGCAAUGUCAGCGAACAUAUAGAGUGUGUGGAUAUCUACGAGCUGUUUGAUCCUGUCUAUAAGUACAUCGUUUUGUGCGGCGCUAAGGGGAAACAGGUGGUCCAUGUGCACACAUUGCGCUCUGUAACUGGCUCGAAUUCAUACCAAAACAGGGAAAUCGCCUGGGUUCACAGUGCAGAUGAGAUAAGCGUAAUGACGAAGGCUUGCUUGGAGCCUAAUGUCUAUCUGCGUUCUCUGAUGGACAUGACCAGAGAGCGGACGCAAAUUCUGGCUGUGGACUCCAAGGAGCGCAUUCACCUAAUUGAAACUGCCAUUUCUAGCAAUUCCGCAUGGUCCACAAUCACACCCACUCAUGCUGCCAGUAACUGUAAGAUAAAUGCCAUAUCCGCCUUUAACGACAAACAGAUUUUCGUUGGCUAUGUGAACGGAAUGAUAAUAGAUGUUAAUCAUGAUGCAGCACUACCUCAGCAGUUUAUAGAGGAGCCCAUUGAUUACCUCAAACAGGUCAGUCCCAACUUUCUGGUGGCGUCGGCACACAGUGCCCAGAAGACUGUGAUAUUCCAGCUGGGAAAGAUAGAUCCGCCUAAGCCCAAUGACCAGUGGCCAUUGAUGCUGGAUGUUAGUACCAAGUACGCGUCCUUACAGGAAGGACGGUAUAUCAUUUUGUUUUCCGACCACGGAGUCUGUCAUGUGGAUAUAGCUAAUACAUCUGCAUUCGUGAAACCGAAGGAUUCUGAGGAAUACAUUGUCGGCUUUGAUCUGAAGAACAAUCUGCUCUUUCUGGCCUACGAAAACAACAUCAUCAAUGUAUUCCGUUUAAUAUUCAGCUUUAACCAACUAAAGUACGAACCGAUUUGCGAAGAAGAGAUCGCCCAGAAGGCCAAGAUCAGCUAUUUGGUAGCCGCGGAUGAUGGUACCAUGUUGGCUAUGGGUUUCGAAAAUGGCACUUUAGAGCUCUUUGCCGUUGAAAACAGAAAAGUUCAACUGAUCUACAGCAUUGAAGAGGUCCACGAGCACUGCAUCCGGCAAUUGCGAUUCUCGCCAUGUAAGUUGCUCCUGGUCAGCUGCGCGGAGCAGCUGUGCUUCUGGAACGUAACGCACAUGCGCAACAAUCAAUUGGAACGCGAGCAAAAACAGCGGCGCAGUCGACGUCACAAGCAGCACAGUGUUACACAGGAGGAUGCUGUGGAUGCGGCGCCCAUUGCAGCGGACAUCGAUGAAGAUGUCACAUUCGUUGCCGACGAGUUUCACCCGGUCAACCGAGAGACUGCGGAACUGUGGCGGAAUAAGCGCGGCAAUGCCAUCCGUCCGGAACUCCUGGCCUGCGUUAAAUUUGUGGGAAAUGAAGCUCGUCAGUUCUUCACAGACGCCAAGUUCUCGCAAUUUUAUGCCAUAGAUGACGAGGGUGUCUACUACCAUCUGCAGUUGCUGGAGUUGAGUAGACUUCAACCUCCACCUGACCCAAUAACGUUGGAGAUUGCAAAUCAGUAUGAAGACUUAAAAAAUCUGCGAAUUCUCGACAGCCCACUUAUGCAGGAUUCGGAUACCGAGGGUGCUGAUGUGGUUGGCAACCUGGUUCUGGAGAAGAACAGCGAAGUGGCGGGGGCGACACCAAUUCUGGAGGAGACCAGUUCAUGACGCCAGAAGUGCGCCCCUUGGCGGCGCACGAAACAGGAAAGUCCAAACUACAACAUGGCAUUUAUAGGAUUACUGCUCUACUACCUGAUGGUAUUGCUCUUUUACCUCCUGGGUCCGGAUUUGUCCUAGGCAAACAUUUGUUGUUGGCGCGUACAUUUGCGAGUGUAUGCAACUAACCAUUUAUGAUAUCUCAGAGGGGGCGGUGGGUGCGUUGCCCUGCCUUUGUUUGUCAACCCGAGUAACCGCCACCAAAUAAACGACUUUUCACGAAAAACACA